UUAUUAUUGUUUGUCCGAUUUAUUAUUGGUUUGAUGACUAACGCCUAUUAAGUAUCGAAUGAGUUUUGUAUGAAGGUAAAUAUCGUCCUUAAUAGACGAGUGUCAUCGUGACGAACUUACGCGCAUAACGAAAACUAUGAACUGAUCUAAGUAGUUACAACAACAAAUGAAUAAUAUACCAAAACCAGAAGAACGGCAGAUGUACUGAAGGCCUUAAAUAAAAGUAAUUGAAGCAGGAUCCAAGUUACAUUGUUUUAAAAAACCUUUGGACACGAAGGUAUCUACGACUACAGGUUGGAAGAGGCAGGGUAAUAAAAGUUUCGCUUAAAAGUUCGUUUCUUUACAGGACAUCGACGACAGAAAAUUAGCGCUUUUCACAUAAUGUUUGAACCGUUUGGAAGAUAUCAAUUCAGGAUAUUCUGUUUAUGCAUAUUAUGCAAGUUUUUUAUAGCCUUUAAUCAAAUGGGAGUAAUUUUUUAUGCACCAAGAGUGUCGUACAUAUGUAAUGAUACUAAAGCAGAAACAUGUCCAUGUUCUAAAGCUAUUUAUGAUACGUCAGUUUUUACAAAUACUAUAACAAUGGAGUGGAAUUUGAUAUGUAAAAAAAAAUGGUUGGCAAAUUUAACGCAAACAUUGUUUCAAGUGGGCGUUCUAUUUGGAAGUGUAUUAUUUGGAAUGGCUUCAGAUAGGUAUGGAAGAAGAAAUCCUUGUAUUGUUGCCGUUAUAAUACAACUAGCUAUGAGCAUGGCAUCAGCUUACGCAGCAAAUUACGUGAUAUUUUGCAUAACACGGAUUUUGAUCGGGUGUUCAGUUGGUGGAAUCAUGGUGACCACUUUCGUCUUACUCAUGGAAUUCAUCGGAAACAAAAAUCGGGAUGUCAUAUCAGCCCUGUAUCAUGUGCCAUUUAAUAUAGGUCAUAUGAUGCUGCCCCUUAUUGCAUAUCAUUAUAGGGACUACAAAAAAUUUCUAUUAGUAGUUGCUAUUCCUAGCGCUAUUCUACUCUGUUACAUCUGCCUUUUACCAGAAUCUGCAAGAUGGCUCAUAGCUGUUAAAAGAACAGACGAAGCUAUUGCCAUCUUAGAAAAGGAAGCUAAGAUUAGCAAACGACAGGUGGACAUUCGUAAGGAAGUAGCGGCCUACGCGAAGACACUCACAGGGCCCAACGCACAAAAAGGUAGUUUAGCAGAUUUGUUUCGAACGCCGAAUCUUCGCAAAAAUAUAUUGUGUAUGUCGUUUAAUUGGAUGGCUUGUAGUUAUUGUUUUUACGGAGUCACCCAGUACGUUGGACAUUUAAGUGGAAAUAUAUUUAUCAAUGUGGCGGCCAGUGGAAGCGUGGCACUUCUCGGCGCUUUCACUUCGAUACCAUUGAUGAGGGCAUGUGCCAGGAAGACUGUCGUUGUAUUAUUUCAUUUUUUAUGUGCCGUAUGUUUAUUCGCGCUGAUGUUUGUACCGGAAGGUACUCUAUCUGUUAUCUUGGCAUGCACAGGUGUCGUAUCCAGCUUUAUUGUGUUUGUUGUUGUUUAUUUAUAUUGUUCAGAAUUAUUUCCUACGGUUGUACGCAAUGCAGCUGUUGGAUUUUCAUCAAUGAUGGCACGUGUCGGUUCAAUGGUGGCUCCUUUUGUCAUAAACGGUGCAGACAUCGCGCACUGGCUGCCACCCCUUGCCUUUGCAAUUCUACCGCUCAUAGCGUGCUGGGUGACGUUUCUUUUACCUGAAACAAAAGACUGCGAAUUACUAACGACUCUAGAAGAAGGUGAAAAUUUCGGCAAAAAUGUCGCUAAUAAACCAAAGAAAUAA